UCAGUUGCGCGUUAGCCGGCCGAGCGAGCGGUUGGCCCUAGAAUCUUGACCAGGAGGAAUAUCCGGAACCCGGUGGAAUGAGUGGCUCGGAGAAGAACGUGCGGCGGCGCGUCAUUACGCCGACCAGUGAUCCGCAUAAUACGGAUCCCCUCCUCAGACCCCGCAGCUCGCAGCAGUAUGAGACCCAACCCAAUGGCUGUGAGCGAGCCUUUAUCCAGCACAACAAAAUCAAGUGGUACUGGGCACCCGCUUUCUUUGGAUUCUGGCUGCUCUUGUACGUCACCAUCUCGAUCCCCGCCUGCCAUCACCUGCCCCGCCCUCUUACCAUUCAGGAUGAGGCCAAGCACCCGGAUCAGUUUAUUGCCGAGCGGGCGGAGAACAAUCUGCGGGAUCUGGUGAGCCUGGGACCCCGUGUCGUGGGCAGUCGCACCAACGAGAUGGCCGCCUUGAAACUCCUCUCUGAGAAAACUCACAAAAUCAAGUCUGGAACAGCCAACGAAAUCGAGGUUGAUGUACAAGUUGCUUCUGGCAGCUAUGUCCAUUGGUCUAUGGUCAACAUGUACCAAAGCAUCCAAAACAUUGUGGUCAAGGUUAGCCCCAGGGGAACCAACAGUACCACUUGGCUAUUGGUGAACAGCCAUUACGACUCGGUGCCAGCGGGUCCUGGUGCCGGCGACGAUGCCUCCAUGGUGGCCACAAUGAUGGAGGUACUCCGUGUUUUGGUUAACUCCGAGAAGCCCCUGAAGAAUCCCGUGGUGUUCCUGUUCAACGGAGCUGAGGAGAACCCUCUACAGGCUUCCCAUGCAUUCAUCACCCAGCACAAGUGGGCCAAAUACUGCAAAGCUCUUAUUAACCUCGAUUCCUGCGGCAAUGGCGGUCGGGAGAUUCUCUUCCAAUCGGGUCCCAAUCACCCCUGGCUGAUGAAGAAUUACAGACGCGCCAUUAAGCAUCCUUAUGCCUCCACCAUGGGCGAGGAGAUGUUCCAAAACAACAUGAUUCCCUCGGACACCGAUUUCCGUAUCUUCCGCGAUCAUGGUGCUGUUCCUGGACUGGAUAUGGCUUAUACAUACAAUGGAUAUGUUUACCACACGCGUCACGACAAGGCUGAGAUCUUUCCCAGAGGUAGUCUCCAGCAUACUGGUGAUAAUCUGCUGGCUUUGGUCAGGGAGAUUGCGAAUUCUCCCGAGUUGGAAGACUCUUCGAAAUAUGCCGAAGGACACACCAUCUACUUCGAUGUGAUGGGCUGGUUCUUGGUCUUCUACACUGAAACCGAAGGAGUAAUCUUCAAUGUGAUUGUGUCCCUGGCGGCCAUUGGUCUUAUUGGUUUCGCCUUCAAGCUGAUGUCCGUGAGCUCUGGCAUUCGUCUGGAGAAGAUCCUGAAGCGGGUGUUGCACACUUUCUUUGUGAACUUGCUGUCUGUACUGGUGUCGGCUAUUAUACCAGUUCUUCUGGGUCUGUUCAUGGACGCUGUACAUCUGCCAAUGUCCUGGUUCUCGAACUCUUGGCUCAUCUUGGGCCUAUACUUCACCACCUUUUUCUUUGGAUUUGCCAUUGUGCCAGCUAUGUACUUCCACUGGACCAAGUUUGACAAGCUGCCCAUCGGCCAGAGAGUUCAGAUCUUGCUGCACUGCCAUUGCUUGCUUUUGGCUAUUCUUACUCUGAUAUUCACCAUUUGUGGCAUCCGUUCUGUUUUCGUUCUGACUCUGAGCUGUCUGUUCUACACUGUGGGUCUGAUCGUCAACAUUGCCACCAAACUGCACAGCAAAGAUGUCGCCUGGGUCAUUCCUCACAUUGUUUGCCUUAUUCCGCCCUUUGUUUUCUUUGCCUAUUUCUCGCACGGAUUCUUUACCACUUUUAUUCCCAUGUUCGGUCGCUUCGGGGAGAAUCUUAACCCGGAUUUGGCCGUGGCUAUUUUCAGCGUAGCUGUUGGCUUCCUCUGCUGCGGCUUUAUCCUCCCAGUCCUGCAGUUGUUCAACAAAUCCAAGACAAUCAUCUGUGGUCUGCUCGGCAUUACCGCGAUUUGCUUUAUCAUUGCACUAACUCCCGCUGGAUUCCCCUAUCGCCCGGAGACCAAUGUUCAGCGUUUCGCAGUUCUGCACGCCAAGCGUACUUUCCAUGACGCCGACAACAAAAUUCGUCGCCAAGAAUCCGGUUACUUCAUCAUGCCCCAGGACAGACGCACUUACACCGUUAAAAAUGAUGUUAUCAACAUGACUCUUGCCCAAAGAAUUGGAGAUGAUUGCGAAAAGGAAAUCAAUUGUGGGCUUCCCUUAUACAACCAGCGUUGGCACAAAACUAGAAAGAACAGCUUAUGGAUUCCCGCCUCGGAGCCAAUUCUGGGCGAUGAUCUGCCAACCGUCAAGGUGAUCUCCAAGAAAGAACUUUCCGCCACAAAGAUUCGCUAUGACAUGACAUUAACUGGUCCCAAUCACAUGGCUGUUUUUGUUCAGCCUUUGAAUGGAGCUUUUAUCACAAACUGGUCCUUCCAUCAGGCUCCUUUGCGUUUGAGAUUUGACCCGCCCUACUUCAUUUACUUCUCCUGGGGUGUCAAUGGAGAUCCCCUCAAGUUCUGGAUAGAACUAGAGAAACCCAAUGGAAACUUCAACUCCUCCACUCUGGAGCUAGGCCUGGGAGGACACUGGACCCACCACAAGGACAUGUUGACACCUGAUUUUAAGAAAUUCCUUGACAGUUUCCCUAAAUACACAGAUGCCACACCAUGGCCGGCUUCAUUUGAGAGCUGGAUCUACUAGAUUAUGAAAAUAUGUAGAUUUUAUUAUUGUUAAGUAAAGAAACAGACAAAUAUUGAGACAAUUCGA